AAAUGGCGGGCUAAACAAAGGCUAAAUGCACUCGAUCUCUAAUCGAGUAGUUUUUAAAAAAAGUAUUAUGUACAAGAAAGCACAAUGGCAGAAAGCGCACUGUCAUCGUUGAAGAUCUGUGAUCGGUCAGGGGCGGAACAUACCGCAUUUAGCUCCAAUAUGCUUUAUAUCUUGAGGUGGAAUUCCUCAAUCUAAAUUACUAAAUUUAGCCGGCUAACAGAGCUGAUUUACGUAGCAAGAUUGUGUAGCCAAGCGCAAAGUGUUUUUAAACUAUUUUGUUUGUAAUUGUGAGGUUAGGCAGGUAUAGCAGAAGGGUAACCAUGGCGCUAUCAAUGGUUAUUUGCCAUCGGAUGUCAGAAAUAUCAGAAGCUGCUGAAAGGAACUCCAGUGUGUAAAAAAACUUUACGUCGCUCGUUAACUGGAUAGUAUUGGUGGUGACAUUAGCUAGCAAGCAGGUGUACUCGUCUCGUCUAGGCAGUUUAUAUAUCUUGCUACCAGGCAAAGGUAUUUGACCUAAUGGCUUGUAGUUCUGAGUCGAGUGGGAAACUGUCCUCGGAUGUCGGUACGGCAGCAAUAAUGGCACCUUCACCGGCAGCGGUGGAGCAGACCAUGACGCCGGUGUUGUUCGAGAUAUUUGGAGAGAUGUGGAAUGUGCAGGCUCUGCUAGGUCAGGGUGUGUCAGCCUCUGUUUACCGCGUGAGCUCUGGUCGAUCGAGCACAGCUGCUGUCAAGGAGUUCCAGGCGGACGCACAGGGUGGGGAUUACGGGUACCACAAAGAAAGAUCCGUGCUUGAAGACAUUCAGGGACAUAAGAAUAUAGUGACCCUGUAUGGGGUGUUCACCAAUCACAGCGCGGUGGGCGUGCCCACACGCUGCCUGCUGCUGGAGCUGCUGGACGUGAGCGUGUCUGAGCUGCUACUGCGUGCCUCCAACCAGGGUCACUCCAUGUGGCUCAUCCAGCACUGCGCCCGCAACAUGCUCGAGGCCCUGGCGUUCCUGCACCGCGAGGGCUAUGUGCAUGCCGAUCUCAAGCCCCGCAACGUGCUCUGGAGUGCCGAGGAUGAGUGCUUCAAGCUCAUCGACUUUGGGCUCAGCUACCAAGAGGGACAUCAGGAUGUGAAGUACGUCCAGACGGAUGGUUACCGGGCCCCUGAGGCGGAGCAGCAGAACACUCUGGCCCAGGCCGGGCUGGAGGGUGACAGUGGGUGCACGGCCGCCAUCGACCUGUGGAGCCUGGGGAUCAUCCUCCUGGAGCUGUACUCGGGCAUCAAGCUGAAGGAGACGGUCCGAUCUCAGGAAUGGAAGGAUAACAACACUACAAUAGUCGAUCAUAUCUUCACCAGUAAUAGUAUGGUCUACCCUGCCAUCCCAGUAUAUCAUCUCAGAGAUCUUAUUAAGAGCAUGCUCCACACUGACCCAAAACUCCGAAGCACAGCUGAGGCUGCCCUCACCAGCCCCUUCUUCAGCAUUCCCUUUGCUCCUCACAUAGAGGAUUUGGUUCUGCUGCCCACUCCUGUCCUGAGGCUUCUCAAUGUGAUUGAUGACAGUCACCUGUACAACGAGGACGAGUAUGAAGACAUUAUAGAGGACAUGAAAGAGGAAUGCCAGAAGUAUGGGUCUGUUGUCUCACUGUUAAUUCCAAAAGAAAACCCAGGCAAAGGCCAGGUGUUUGUCGAGUAUGCAAAUGCUGGAGACUCCAAAGAGGCCCAGAGGCUGCUGACGGGCAGGACGUUCGACGGCAAGUUUGUGGUGGCCACUUUCUACCCUCUGAGUGCCUACAAGAGAGGCUAUCUGUACCAGACCGUCCAAUAAGGUCACCGACACCAUCACGCCAGGUCUCUCCCCAGAAUAAUCAUAAUUUCAUGGCCCAGAUGUACUACUAGUACAGCCAAAUCCAUAACACUCCUUAAAUGCUGAUUACACUGGGGAGUGUCCAAACCGGCACUGUCCAACAAUGUGAAGUGAAACAACAGUGGCUUAUAAUUAUAUUCGUGGUUCACAAAUCUGCAUACUCAUUGUUAACAUAGUGUGGUUUAUACAUCGUGGUUUAUACGUCAUGGUUUUACUAAACAAACCAUGAGCAGGAAGUGCUUACAAAUAAUAUUAACCUACAUUUGUGUGUAGAGAGAAUAGGAAAAAGGCCUACAUUAUCUUGUUGUGGGUGUAUAGACUAUGCAUACUGGUUGAGAGAGCUUGCUUAGAUCAUUUUUGGUUUAAAACCACUAAAAAUCCCGUCUUCACACUGGAUGGCCCAGAAAUAUGUAGGUUUAAGUAUGCCAUGCGUAUCUUACUGGCCCUGUGUUUAGGCUGGUCUGAAGCAUAGGCCUGCUUUGCACUGUGUUUUGCCAGUGGCCUUUGUCUGUGUGGCGAUCAAACUUACAUGUAGGCCACAAUGGACAAGAUUGCCAAUGUUAUUGUAUUCAGUACCAAGAGCACAAACACUGAUAAUCACAGCCUGGAGUCUGGAGGAAAUAACUAUUUGUCAUGUUAGGCUGAAUCGUUCAGGAAAAGUGUGGCAGGUCAUGAGGGAGUUUCAUAUAUAAAAAGCCACAACAGAUACGUCUAGAAAUCCAAACAGGAAAUAUUAUGUUACCAAAUAAUUCCCAUCAUUUUGAAAGACAAAAAAGGAUUCCAAAGGUACCAUUUCAAAACUGACCAAAUUCAGUAAUAUUAUUUUCCCCUAAAUGCUUUCUGUUACACAAACUAUGCCAUCAUUGUUACUUUAUGGUACAUCAUUUUGUUCUUUUGUACUCUAUCUGAUGAACCCAAUAUAUUCCUUUCUUGAAAAGAGGGAGUAUUCAAUUUGUUUCCCAUCUAUCAUUUCAUUCUUGCUCAGCUUUUUGAGAUGACUGUGAAAUGUUACCUCAGUGUUCUAUGAUUCUGGAUAAUUCUCUCAUUUGCCUGUAUGCAGCAAUGAGUGUUUUUUUUCCUUUCCUAAAUCAAAUUAUCAGUAAUGAUGUGAUUAGUUAAAAAAAUAAACAAAAAAAAAUCACUAGUUUGAGGUACACUUUAUCAGGCGUACACAGACGAAAACAAAGGGCUUGGCAGCGUUUUGCAUUUAGGUGAAGGCCAGAACAUGUUUUCUUUGGCCAGAUACCUUAGUUGUUGUUUCUGAUGACUAACUGCUUUCAGUUGUGUUAAAACAUUUUCAGGGUUGAUGUUGUUAAUUUUGUGCAUACACAUGUGUAUUGAAGUGCUAUUAGGUAGUGACAUGUGUUUAUUUUCACAGUCUGAAAAGCAUUAAGGCUGCAUGACACAGGCUGCAGGCUUGCCUUGAUUGAACCAGAGAACACAGAGCUUUGUUGAACUGGCGUGUGUGUUUGUGCAUGUUUUACAGAUGUCAACUCGACUUGUGGGUCAGUCUAAACAUCUGUAUGCCUCAAAACGUAGCCAUUAUCAGAAUUGAAGAAACAUGCUUGGAACAUCAAAUAGGUUGUUAGUUGAUUUUGAUGCCUUGUGGUGACACUAGGCCUGUGAUGAUUGUGCACAAACAGUGUGUAGCCAUGGGGCUGGGUGAUAUGGAGGGGAAUAAUCUAGCCUGUCUCUCUCUGUUACUCAUGCUCUGCACUGACUCGGUAGUGGCCACUCUGGAGCUGAAGUGCCCUUGGCCUUUUCUGCGUGUGCUCUAGUGUGUCUGUGGUGUUCAGUGUGUUCUCAUCGUAUUCAAAGGUAGCGGAUUUCUAAUUAUGCAUUAUUGGAGAACAGACUGAGAAUGUUGUUGUUUGCUUGAAGAGCUACUGAUCAAAGCACAUCUUCAUAAGCAAACCGAUUAGCGCUCGUUGCGUAAGGGUCUACACUAUUAUAAUGUUGCUGUGUUCAUCAGUGGAAUAUUUGGUUCAAUCCCAGGGUACUUUAUGAACAUCUAGUUUAGCUACACUACCAGUCAACAUAGACACACUGGUUGAUAUAACACACUGUUGCGAGUUGCAAUGCAAGGUUGACCUGGGUCUAGUGUAGUAUUAAAAGUUAGUAUUUUCAUUGCAUUAAGUAUAUAGGCUUAUGGAAAUGUAAUACUUGUAUGAGGCUAUAUAGCCAAACCAUGUAGGUGUGGGAAUCUCAGAUGUGCAGUGUUGUCUUUACCUCUGAUAGCGAGUGUGACCGGAGAGUUCACAAAGUUAUAUUAACAGAAUAAGACAAGAUAGACCGGAAGAUGUUGUUUAGCAAAGCUUCCACAUUCUUUUGCUGAAUGCAUGCGACAGUUGUGAGAUUUUGUUGUAUUCAAUUCUUCUAAGUAGUAGGCGUCACUCCUUGAUCCUUAGAAGAAAUGUUUACUCAAAUAUAUUGAUUUCUUGUCUUUUUGGAGAACAGUCCCCUGGAAGCCCAAAGAAGACUAUUAUACCCCUGUAUUUUCCUGCCUUAUCAUCCCUGUGAAACUUUGGGGAACAGAAGCAUCAAAGCAUCUCAUGCGGCAGUAUAGUAUAUUAUUUCACCGUGGAGUUCACAGUGAACUCUAGUUCCCCGUCUUUGUUUUCAGAUCACAGAAAUGCUCAACAAAAACUAACACUGACAGCUGUCGCCGCAGAAUAACAAUCAGGGAUUUAAGUUGUGCUUUGUUUACAUCCAUUCUUUAUUACUGCACUGACUUCCUAAUGGGAACCUAGACUUUGAAUGCAGGCUAGAAUUAAGGCGAAGAGGUGUGCACCUUCUGAAGAAAUGUCGUCCCGCAUUAUCAUUAACUAGGCUGCAUAAGGUGGCCCGCGUCUUUGUUUGGUGUACUUUCAGCCGGAACAAGCGAUGCAAAAACCCCUGGCGUGAACCAGGAACUACAAGGGCAGGGCAAAGUGUGUUCGGUGGAAAGAAUGCAAUGGCGGUUCACACCAAAGUUGCCAAACCUGCUCUUCUGUGUUCUGCAAUGCUGUGCUGCAGCACUGCUUCGCUAUGCUAUCUGGACAAUCAGCCAUGACGGGUGGAUCCACACUGAAUAUAAUUAGAAUGGAGUGUGUGAGUGGGAGGGAAAAGAGAGGCAUAAUAUUUGCUUCCUUGAAUGACAUGUGACUUGUUGGCAUGGCAUUUACGGUGUGUUCGUGUGAUGGCUAUGGAAUCUUUUUGCAACCAAGAAAUUCAGUGACCUACACCUUUGCCUGGACAAGGGCGCCCCCUGUAUGUCAUGGCAUGAACAGGUCCAUUGGAUAGAUUGGACAGAAGUCCCUCCUUUGAGUCAACUAAUCCUGUGAAGUGGGUGAAAGAUGGUCCACUAGACUAAACUGCACAUACCAUUAAAACAAACUGUGAAUUGAUAUAGAAACACCCACUGUAACAGUGAGCUGCUAUUUAAAAUGGGCAAUAAUAAACACUUGUAUGCCUGUCAUUAACACCACAUAGCUCUGCCACACUGUGCCCGCAGCCCUCCCAAGGCAGUACACUGGUAGCCGGAGAGAGAGCAUUUGAAUCUGAUUUCCUCCUCAGAUUUCUUCCGAACCCCCACUGCUUAUGUCAGUCUGAUUUUUAUGCCUUGCCCUGAGGCAUCUCGGAUGUCUCUCUCUAUCCGCAUAUUUCCUCAAGGUUGAAGAAGCACAAAACUCUGCUCUUUAGUCUUACACAGCACUGAAGCCCAGACCAUCUCAGCCCAGCUUGGGGCCCUGGGCUAGCUGGCAUUGAUGGACUCUUUUCUUCUGAACUCUUUCUCUCUCUCUCUCUCUCUCUCUCUCUGUAUAUAUAUAUACUGUAUAUCUGUCUCCCUCCCUUCCUGGGCUGUGUUUCUUCAGCACUGCCCAGUGGAAUCUCCUUGAUGAUAAACCCACUGCCUUCACUUAGUGCCAAGAUCUCAAUUGGCCUGUGUCCCAAGCUAAGAUGCCCUGGCUAACCCCCUUGGAUCCAGCCCCUGGGGCAGUUGGCUCUGAUCGCUGUGCAGCGUUCCUUCCUUCCCAGUUACCUGUCAUGGUAUUAUUUAUGGCAAGCCCACGGGUGAGUGUGGGUCCUGGAGCUAUUGUUUGAUGUGAAGCAGGCCUGUAACCUUUGGACGCGGGCCUUUUGAAGUGGCGACUGUUGUUUGCCUACAUCCUGAAUAUUAUCAGCGGGUGCCUAGCCCGCGCUUGUCCCACAGGAAAAGGGCUGGGUGUGGUGGGCUCUCCGCCUAUGCUAAUAUGCUGCCGCUCCGCAGACUUCUCACGCUUCAGUCAGUGCUCAGACGAAGAGACACAAAGUGCAUUUUAUUGCAAGGAGUUUCUUUGAUAUUGCAGAAUGCACAUAUAUGCACACCAUCACUUACAGGGAAUCUUCAAGUUAUGAAAUGCGUGCAGUGAUGUACAUACACAUGCACAGGCACGUACACAUGUUAAGCCACCGUUGCUGGAAGUUAUAGCAGUGAAUUGGCGAGAGAUUUAAAGGGCGAUGGCGACCGUCCGCUUUAUUAGCUAAACAUUAUUCUUUCCGGAGGAGAUUAGGAUCAGAACGAGGCCUUGGCUGCCUUUGGAAGGCCUGCAAAUAAACAGAGACUGGAGUGUGUCAAAGAGCCCAGAGCUGUGCCUGGGAACUGGAGGACUUAGAGCCCGACGUCCCUCUUCUCUACGGGCUUCGGUGGUCAAUUCUCAAGUCCACUCUCAUACGUGCGGAUCUCAUCACACAUGGCCUCUGAAGCCCAUUGUCAUGCACACUUGGUGGGUCCUAUCUGGGGGAAUAUAUAUAUAUAUAUAUAUAAUCCAUCCUCAUAAAUAAAACUCAGGCGCAUAAUGUGAAUGAAAAUGAGAUGGCUGGCAGAGACCUUCCUCUCGGCGGAAGGACUUACAUGCCGAGUAAUGUGAACCGCGGGGCAGCUCCUUAAUGAAUACUCACAGAUUAACAGUGAGAGGAAUGCUGGGAGUUAACCCGUUCUUAGAAUACCCUUCCACUUUGACACUCAUAAUUUCAGCCAGAAUGGCUGUGGAUGUUCCUUCCCUCACCUGUUAUUGUGGGCCCCCUGGAGCUGUUUCUGAGCUUUGGAAGUUGAAGCAGUCAGACAGGCAGUGGAUUAGGUUUCCCCUGUCUGAUGGUGUGUUUACCCCUCUUUCACCAAGAGGUUGAUUGAGGUUUGGAUGUCAGUAGUGGUGGGAAUGCUUGUGUGAAAAGUGGGGACUUGAUUGCUUGUGUUUGCUGAGCGAAAGUAGCUGUGGCUGUAGCAAUCAGGCUGGCGAGGGUUCUCUGUUCGAGGGUUUGUGCCUGCGAGUGAUUAGAUGAUGUACGUUUCAUGUGGAGUGGCCACUGAUGGCCGGCUGCCAGACUGUAAUGGACGUGGGUUUUACAUUAGCAGGGGCCUGUGCGGGGUUUCAGAGCCGCCUGCUCUGAAAGCCACUCCAUCUCGUCCCGACAGAUAUCUUCCUCUCUCUCGCACUUUCUGUUUUUUUUUUUGUUUGUUUUUUUUGCAUUGAGCCGACAGCACAGAUCAUCAUACUGAACCCAGGUGCAGUAUUCACAAGUGUCUGUAUCUGUGAGAGUCGUCUCAGUGAAAAACAUAUGGUCUGAAGGAUUGAAAUAUGAUGAUUUAGUGAAAGUGAUGCUCCCCUGUUGCAUAUAUCAAAGACAAUCAGGAUUCUACCCGUUGUCUUGCCUGUGCACAAUAACGGAUCCCUGUUUUAGACAGUGCACUUAAAAAAGGAUGAAACGUGCUUAGAAGCUUAGCUUAUAUGUGGUUCAUGUGCUUGAGAAAAGCAACAGAUGAAAGUGAAUUGGAAGGUGGUUACAAGAGAUGCUCAGGAGAUGCUCAUGAAGGCGGUGGGUGUGACGCAGAAUCUUUGUUCUUGCUCAGUCAAGUCGAAAAGACCAGUGUCUGAUUAUGACUCAUUCUGCAUUACACUCCGUGUCUUCAGAAAGCCUCCUUCCAGAAUAAUCAGUAGUAUGUCUUAAUGUGGACAGGAAUUAACUAAAUACAAUAUGCUUAUGUGAAAUAGGCAAAACAUUUGAAAUGAUGAUAAAUAAGGUGAAAUAUAGAAUGUGCAAACUUGAAUGUAAAGGUGAUCUCAAGAGUGGGCUGUAGGGGGUACUUAUGGCACAUAAACACACAUAAGACAAUGCUGUUUUUGUUAGUGCUUGGAUGAGUGUAGUGUGGUUGCAUAUUGCACAAUAAAAUAUCAACAUCUACA